UGUACGCUACAGUUCCUGCAUGCGUGUGGUGGGGAAUGGAUAGCAAGUCCUCUGCCGGCUGCCUCUAGAGUUUGGUCACCCAGGGUAAAUUAUGACACCUAGCUGCAGUACAAAGUGAAAUUGAACCAUUGCCAUGAUGAAGGUGACAGACAGGCAUCAAAAUGUCAGCUUGUGUACGGAACUAGAGUACAAGAAGCUGGCAUGCAGGAUGGCUACUUUGGACGAGACCCUGUUUGCCCUUCAACAGCCGCUGUCAGACACAGUAGUCAUGGACUCUGCUCACGAGUCCGAGAGGAACUCCAACAACGGUUACCAUGGCAACAACGCUUACCAGACUCUCACUCCGCUAGAUGCUGAAGACACCGAGGAAUUGUCUUGCAUCUGGAGAUACAUAGCUCUGUGUUUCACCAAGGUGUGGUCGUCCGCUUUGGUUUUGGUGGUGAGUUUCGUGAUCCCCGGGGCUCUACUCUGCGUGGCACUCUUGGCGUACGAGAAGCCCGAGAUCGACAUCUCUCUCAACGCAUUCCAGAUCCCCAACCACAUUACCUCAGAGCGAGAGGACUCGCUGAUCGCAGCGCUGAAGGAAUACAAGAACGCGCAGAACUCCGGGAGGAGAAGGCGGGAUGCAGAGCACGAAGAGGAAACGCUCGCAGCAAACAGAUUUCUCAGCAAAGACGACUUACAGUCCAUACAAAGUCCAGAUUUUCUGGAGUCUCUGAGAUUACACAGACUACAAAGAACACACCGUCAAAAGAAAAGGGUAGCAAAACGUGGAACAUCAGAUUUUGUAGAUCUCAUGCAAGGGCUAUUCAAGAAAUCAUCAUCGCUAAACCAAGAAAACAAGCGGCAUGUUAGGAAAAGAUCAACCGGUGAACGUUAUUACGAUCAACACAAGGAAGCUUUCGAAAAGAUACUCGAAGGAACGAGGGAAAAGGAAGAAGGAGGUCUUUUAUCGAGAAUAAAGAGGAACUUUUCUCCCGGAGACAGGACGGGGAAUACUUACAUCACUGCAUACACACAGACACAGCCGAGGUGGAGGAUGCAGAUUAUCUAUGUAGCACAGGGGGAAGACAAGGAGGACCUGAACAUCUUCACCCCCGAACGUCUCAAGACAAUCCACAAGGUCGAACAGAAGGUCAUGACGCACACCCACUUCCAGGACUUCUGCUGGAAGCCUGUCUCCAUCCGCGAGGACAAGUCCCUGGAGAAGUACGACAACUGCGCCCCGCCCAACUCGCUCCUCACGUACUUCUUCCCGACCAAGCGGGACGGGAAGGUGUGGUACGACGGUCUGGGCGAGAACCUGGCUAGCGUGAAGGGAAGUCUGAUGCUCGCUCUCACACACCCAACGUUUUACUGGUUUGUAGAUGAGAGUAUGGAUGAGAAGAACCUGAAGAGUCAGAUCCUGAGGAGCGAGAUCACGUUCGGAGCGCCGCUGAAGGGAUUCCGCAGCAAGUCGGACAGAAAGGACGAACAAGACCAACAGUUUAAAGACUGGGUCAUCACCUACAUCGAUGUCCUGGAUUCUGUUUCAACCAAGGAAGUAGGUGUUCUGUACGGAGGUCCGGCCAUCUUCGACUACGAGGUCCUCAGCACGUUCUGGAGCGAUGUGAAACUGGCGCUGAUCAGUGUCUGCCUCAUCUGUGCGCUCGUAUUCGUGCUGACGUCCUUCUCCGCCUGGCUGACGUUCUUCGGCAUGUGCAGUAUCAUCCUCAGCUUCAUGGUGGCAUUCUUUCUGUACCGGGUCGUGUUUCAGAUCAAGGCCCUGGGUAUCCUGAACGGAGUGUCAGCAUUCGUCAUUAUCGGAAUAGGGGUGGAUGAUGUGUUCGUGUUCAUCAACACCUUCCGUCAGGCGGCACACCUGAAGGAUCCCCUGCGGAGGAUGGCGCACACGGUAAAGACCGCGGGAAAAGCCACCUUCUUCACCUCCUUCACUACAGCAGCAGCCUUUGCUGCCAACAUGUUCUCACAGAUCCCGGCUGUGCAUGACUUUGGACUGUUCAUGUCGCUGAUUGUGAGCAGCUGCUGGUUGAUGGUGGUGCUAGUCAUGCCCCCCACCCUCAACUUCUGGCACAGGCUCUUCUCAUCGUGUGAGGCUGCAUGUUGUACUGGGUGCUGCAGGUGCAGCUGUGCAGCUACAGACAACCUUCAGCUGCCACCUGAUGUGGAGUGCUUCCUGUCUUCCCAUGAUCCUCAGCAAAGCAGCGGCCGUCAGGACAGUGAGGAUGACAUCCCUAUGCUGACAAUGGAGGAAGUAGGCCUAGUAGAAGAUGUGCAGUCUGACGAUGAUGUCAUGCUCCUAGACUUGAACAUGGAGGACUUACCCAUUCUACAGCAAGAGGGGGAGAGGAUGGAAGAUUCCAUUAAACAGGAGGGGUGUCAUCUGUCGGUCAGGCUACAGGGUCUGAUGUACCACUAUGUUGCAGUUCCUGUUGUGAAAGCUCGCUGGGCCAUUGUAGUUGUCUACAUGGCCCUGCUGGCCGGUUCGCUGCAGCCCAACACCAACCUCCAGCGCCUGCUCAACAUGAAGAACAACUUCACCGAGGCUCUGGGCUGUACGGACUGCUCUGGGCUCUUCAAGGACAAGAACAAAGUAGUGGACAGCACUUCUGACAAGGUGACCAAGGCCAUGUCCCCAGAUAACCCUGCUCCUCUCCAUGGACAGCAGAAGCCAACUGAGGACCAGCAACACCAUGUCACACCAGCUCCACCUGGCAGUCACAUCGGUACUGCAGGUUUCAUCUCCAACAGGUCUAUUUCCCCUCCCUUGCCAACCACUACAACGACCGUACCUACAACUACUACUACAACUACCACACACAGAAGUACCACUGUCAAAAGAAGUGCAGACAACAGCCAUGGCUGUUCUGCUGAGUGUGCUGCGAACGGCUACCGUUGUGUCCAAUACAGGAGACGUUAUAUAUGCUGCUCCCUGACCUGCUAUGGCGGGGGCCGCUGUAUGAUCCACAAUGGGAAGCCCCAGUGCCUGUGUCCCCACGGCUGCCCAGAGACCACCAGUGAGAGUGACAAGGUGUGUGGGUCUGACGGGAUCGUGUACAAGAGCAUGUGUGAGCUGCACCUGUUCUCCUGCCGCUACAGCCUGGACAUCCACCAGGACAGCUGGGAGACUUGUAAAGAGCGCAGUGAUGGGAUGAUCUCGGUCCACCCCACCCAGCCGUCAGUAGACCAGGACUUUGACCCCUGCACGGAGGUGGACUGUAACCCCGCGCCACGCCCCCUGCUGCAGAUCUCCGCUCUCGUGUUUGUCGUCUUCGGCAUCAAAGGAGUGGACAGAACCAACGUGACAGCGGAACAUGUGUUACAGGAUCAGGGAAAGGUAAUCUAUGAUGAGAACUUUGAAGUCCUGUCCGGACAGACCAUUGAUGAACUGUGUAAGAUGUGCAAAGCCAUAGCAAACAACAGGAGACUGGUCAAGCCUGGGGGAGCACAGUGUUUCCCUCCUGAUGCAGAGCGUUACCUACAGACCCUGAUGCCUGGUGGGAAGGCAUUUGACCAGUACCCGUCCUGUAUGGACCUGCCCAAACCUAACCUGGUGCACGGGGAGAGAACCAAGGCAGCUGUCGGCAUCAUCGGGAGGGAGGUCAGAUGGGUCGCCAUGUCCUUCGAAUCGACCACAUACAAGGGCCAGUCCUCCUUCUCCUCCUACCAUGACUACCAGGCCUGGGAAGCCUUCCUGAAGCAGGAGAUAGACAAGCUUCCUGCCAACUCAGGCCUGAAGUCAGGCUUCCAGACCUGCGACUACUGGAAGGAGAUCUUUAUGGAGAUAGUGGGCGUGAGCAGCGCCAUCUACGGGCUGGUGCUGUCCAUGGUCAUCUGUAUCCUGGCUGUGGUGGUGUUCACAGGACAUGUCAUGCUGCUGUUCAUCGUGUUCUUCACUAUACUGGGGGUCAUCUGUAGUGUUGUAGCUGUGUUCUUCAUUGCUGGGUGGCAGAUCGGAGCAGUGGAAGCCAUCUCUCUGUCCAUCCUGGUGGGCUCGUCUGUGGACUACUGUGCACAUCUCAUCGAAGGAUACCUCCUGGCAGGGAAAAACCCACCCACACAGGCUCUACAGUCCAAUGCAGAGUUGCGACGUUGGCGAGCCAAGGUCGCCGUCAGCCACAUUGGGGUGUCAAUCAUCAGCAGCGCCGUGACAACCAUCAUCGCUGCCAUCCCUCUCUGCUUCACCACCUUCGUCCCGUUCUCCAAGUUCGGAGAAAUCGUCGCCAUCAACACCGCCAUGUCCAUCCUGUACGCACUCACGGCGUGUACCGCAUUCCUUGCCGUUGCUGCGCCGGCAAAAUUCCAAAGUACCUGGAAGGCGUCCCUGAAGGCUUUGAUUGGUGCGGCUGUCGUCCUUUCGCUUGCCGUGCUGGCGUGUUACGUCGCGUAUAGAGAAGGUGUCAUCAUCCCCGGACCAGAUGGAAACUCUCUGUUCCACUGACAGUUUAGAAGGAGGUUGCCUGGUAUCCAUUAGCACUGGAGAACUAUUGCCUAUAUUUCGGGCAAAUAUUCAAAGGCCAAUCAUUCUCUAUCGCCAUAUGUCAAACUUCUGCUUAGAAAAGAUCAAAGGAGUGAACCAGAGCUAGAAUUGGAUAAUUUCCAGGCUAUGGUAUAGAUAAUCUCCAAGCGGAAUGAGGGGAACGGAAGAAAUAUGGACCACUAGAGAGGUACAUAGAAAUGUAGAAAAGGACACAAAAUAAGAUUAGCUUAGUGUGUUUUUACCACAAAGUGAUGCCAUCAGACAUGUACAUUUUGUACAUGUUAACCGACUAGGAACUUCUGUAUACUGCAUAUUUUCAAAGACGGACUCAUCACUGUAGAUGUCUGAAACACACUCCACACGACCACUCUACUUCUCACACAUUACCAAAUGUGAGGAAGGAAAUUGGAGAAUACUGUGGAUUUUAGAUGUUAUUGAUUUAAUACUAAGUAUGAUGAUAUUACAUCACUCUGUACUUUUUAUUCUCAAUUUGGUUAAGAGUACAAAGGAUUGGUACAAAUAAUUGUACAUUUAGCUUAUUUGGUUAAGUUAAAAGGAAUAGCUAUGUUAGACUUUGCAAAAUUUUGGGUGCCUCUAGAGACUUCCGUACACUGGCAAAGGUGUGCAUAUGUUACACAGAAUGCAAUUUCUAGCUCCUUUUAAUGAAUAUUCCAGACCAGGACCAGUUAUUUUGGAGAAUUCAAACUUAGUCUGUCAGUUCUUAGGUGAAACCUUUGCAUUGCUUACCAACACAAAUUUGGUGAGGGAAUAAUUGGACCACAGUGGUCUGAUAAUUUUGGAUGAAGCCACAGAGGCAAAACUUGCUGCAAUGGUUCUACUAUAUUCCAGUAAAUAUUUGAAAUAAUGUGAAAUGUAUUCUUGGCUCUUUGUCCAAUAUUGCUCAUCUCUUCUAUGUUUCCUCAUUAAACUGACUGUCAACUAUUAUGCACUUAAACUGGUACAAGGGCUAUUUGUGUAGACCCUAUCUAUAAACUUUAAGGCUUCAUAUGUACAGUGUAGAUGUACAUGUACUUAAGACCAGCUGCAGCCAAUAGAUACAUGACAUUUUACAUGUUGAGGUGGUUAAUUGUGAGGUUGAAUUUAGCAACGAUUCCUUGUAAAAACUUGGGAACAUUGUCAUUUUGUGGUACAUUUGAAGGUAUUGUGCAUGUGUCAAAAGUACAAGAUGGUAAAUUUUAAUUAUCUGUCCAGGUUUUGUAUUGUGUAAAAUCCAGUCGGAAUGGGGACACAUGUUGAUGACAAAGAGUUUGUAGAUGUAUGACUGUGCAGAGUGUCAAAUAUUGUAAACCUGUUGAUUAUUCCAAGGAGGCUGAAUGUAACUUUGAUUAUGGUAUAUGCUGGCUGGUGAUUGGUCAGUAAGGCCUACAUGCAUGCUUCUGAUUGGUCAACUCAGCUUAGUUGAUUUGGGUUUUCUUGUUGUCAGCAUGUUUAGCCCAAUGAUUUAGUUAACAGUUCUACCCAUGUGCAAUGUACUGCACUGGGCAUACAAAAUGUAUUAUUUGUAUGAGUGGCAGAAAAAAGGUACACAAAAUAUGUUAAUAAUGGCUUCUUGUCUAACAUUUUUAGUGACUUUCGCUAUUUCAUGAUUUUGCAUGUGGUAUAAUUGAAACCAGUGUGUAAAUUUUCGCAAAAAAAGAUGAAU